GAACGUGCACCGCUGCGCAUGGGGAAUCUGGGUAAGGUGAGAUGCUGAACACGAUGUCAUGCUUUUCGUCAUCGGUUGAAUAUCAAAAGGACGUUUGACCGCAUCGACCAGAACACGUUUUCCCAAAGCUGAAAGAAAACGGAACUGGGGCAGAGAUUCGGCAUUUGCUGAACUCCGAGUCAUUUUGCUCAAGGGACCUAUCUUGUGUCAGUUUCGUAAACAGAUUCAGCCAAGGGCCAUGGAUCUCUUUUACCAUGGUUUGCAUCUCACAAAGAAGAUAUAUCAAGGUUUGGUCCACCUCAGCUUAUUACACAUGUAUAUCCCUUCACUGCAGUCAAAUUCUCUCAGGUAUUUUAUUGAGCAAAUUCAACAUAUCAAAAAGAAAAGGAAUUCGAAUAUGGAUUUUCCACAGCACCAGACCGCUGGCAUACACCCAGAUGACUGUUGGACUGCAAAGAGGAGGGGACAGAAUCUUGGCGCCAUCAAGUCUCCGAGCAUUGCAGACUGCUACACUAGUUUUCCUUUUCUUGGUUGGUUUACCAGUCGCAGCCUCCGGAAUCUGAGCCGGGAAAGUUGGCCUCGGAUUACACUACUGGCAACUGGCAGCUCGAGCUUGUCGGUGGGCCAAGGCCACUCGGAAUGGAGCUUAUCAUCCCGGAAUGCCCUCCUUCCGACAGCAGCCCCUCACAGGGUCCGAUCCUCAGGGCCCUGGGCACAUGUUGGGGAUCUUGAGGGCAUUCCCGUCGUGGGUGUUGUGGGUCAACCACUUGCCCAAAGUGUCCAAGUCACGACGGCAUCAGGUCACCAUUCCGGGCAAAAACAAGGCCGAUCUCGCAGAAAUCCUGCACGGUGCAAUCACAUCAACCUGUUGUGUUGAGACGCCGAGGGCAUUGAUAAGCCCUCCUGACUCUGAGAUGGGAUGAACCCCUGGACCCUCAUUUUACCGGUUCGGCCGGUUACCCUAAGCUAUUAGUCAUGUCUGCGUAAACGUGCUGUGCGGUUUUGGAUGGGACUGGACUCCUCAA